CAACUGGCUGUCAGUCAGCUAACUGUCAAUCCGGCGAUCCGUCAUCUUGCAUCCAUCUGUCAAAAAUAGUGUCACUGUGUGGGACCCCUUCUGCGUGUACGCAUCGGAACAUCGAAGUUUCGCUCUGUGUGCGCAGCAGUACGACGACGUUCUUUACGUGUGUGAGUGUGCGCGUGUUUGUGGCUGUGUGUGGUAUGUGCGUAGCUGCGGAUAGAUAAUAUACCUGUAUUUUCAUCGUUCCGCAGCUAACGUAAGUUUUUCCCGUACUCCGUACAAUCGAUGCGAAGGGGCCAUAUCGGUUAGUUACGAGCCCUGUGUACGAGAAGAGCGCACGAAAGAAAGAAAAAAAGCUGUCCCGCAGAGCUGAAACAGAGCAAGCACACGGAAAAAAGCAACGUCUUCAAACUAAUUUCAUCAAUCGUCAGCUCAGCCUAAAACGGUCGCGAGUAAAAGCGUGCGUGUGAUUGUGUGUGCGUGUGUAUUCCUUUUGCAAUAAUGGCUUCAGCACGGAUGCCGAUGCAAAAUUCGAUAAGUAUGCUAACGCUGUAGUACGAAUGCUGCCAACAUCAUCGACGUAAGGCCACUGCAGCCCCUUUGCUCCGUUUCCAACCUUGCUGCAACCUCCACCACUUUGCCACACACGCGCAUUAUCGGAGCAGAGCGUGUCGUGCUGGCAGUACAGAACGGACCGCAAGCAGGAACGGUUGGCAAAGGACGGACGCUUAGCUACGCACACAUUCCAGUGUGCGGCAGGCAAGUACGUGAGUGUGUGUGUGUGAGUCCAAACCAACGGAAGUGGUGGCGGCUGCAGUAGAAGAAGCUGACGAAGGUGGACGUAGUGUGGGGAGUAGACGGACGGCGGCGGCGGCGGCAGCGAGAGGCACGGAAAAGGAAACGCAGCAGCACCAGCGGAGCCGGAUUGUGGUGACGGGCGACUGCGUUGGCGGAGGUCAGCGUCGCGCCGCUAGAAUUACCGGAGCACCGUCCAGCACUAGGAAGCGGCAGCACGCUGGAGCAGAUACGAAGGCGAAACCGUCAUCGUCAUCGUCGUCGUCGUCCUCGCCAACAGGAGCAGCGCCAGGAUCGGCCGGAACACAGGUGGCAGAGGAAGGGGGAAACGAAACAUCGGUUGCAGCACCUGCUUCGACGGCGUCAUCCUGCGGUGGCUUCCAUCCACCGUCACGAUCGGCUACUACCAGCGGUGGAACGGCCGAGGCGUCGCCCUGUGACGACGGUACCAACAUCACCAGCACCAGCACCAGCAGCACCGGCAGGAUGGUGGUAGCGUCGUCCGGGCACGCAUCGGGCAGUGGCGGUGCAGGGCAGCAGCAGGCAGGACGCACCAGCAACCAGCAGCACCGGCUCGCCCAGGUUGCGUCGCCCGGUACGGGCAUGACACCGAAGGAACUGUCCGACAAUGAUGAUCUCGCAACCGGCCUGGUGCUCGACACCAUACUCGGCUUUCAGACGCACAAGAUGAGCCUCAAGUAUCGACCGCUGAAGGCAAACAAGGACGAGAUCAAGAACAUUAUCGAGGAGUUUAUACGGACGCAAAAUUACAGCAAGUGCUACCAGCAGCUGAUCAAUGGCAACUGGAUGCCAAGGUCGCUGUUGAACAAGAACAAGCUGGCACUGAAACGGCUAGAGGCACACAUCUAUCGCUAUCUGCGGGUGUUUGAUCAGCACUCGGGAUUCGUCAUCGAGGCAUGCUACCGCUACUCGCUCGAAGGUCAGAAAGGUGCCAAAAUCUGUUCCACCCGCCGCUGGAUGAAGAACGAAAAGAUCGAAUGUCUCGUGGGCUGUAUUGCCGAGCUGACCGAACGCGAGGAAGCGGACCUGCUCUAUCCGGGCCGGAACGAUUUUUCCGUCAUGUACAGCUGUCGGAAAAACUGUGCCCAGCUGUGGUUGGGACCGGCCGCCUACAUUAAUCACGAUUGCCGCGCCAACUGCAAGUUCGUGGCGACCGGCCGCGAUACGGCGUGCGUGAAGGUGUUGCGCGACAUCGAGGUGGGCGAAGAGAUUACCUGCUUCUACGGGGAGGAUUUCUUCGGCGAUAACAACUGCUACUGCGAGUGUGAAACGUGCGAACGGCGCGGUACGGGUGCGUUUGCUGCCCGCGCCCGCCUGAUCGAGAGUGCGUCGCUGUAUAAUGGGGCGGCGUGCGACAGUGGUGUGAGUGGCGGAAGUGGAGUCGCUGGCGGUGUAGGUGUCAGUGGAGCUGGGAGUGAGGUUGGCGAGGGCGUUGCCGGUACCGUCUCGUCGCUGGCUGGUGAUGUGAAUGGGUUGGGCGGCGUUGUGGUCGUCGGCACGGCGAACGGUGGCGUGCGGUACAGACUGCGCGAAACCGACAAUCGGUUAAAUAGGAUGAAAAACAAGCGCAACAAUGGUACGGGCGGCAGUGAUCUUGGUGGCGCCAAGCUGGCGUCCCUCGGGAAGGAACCACCGUCCGCACUGAGCAUGCUGACGGUGCGUGAAUUACGCGACAAGGGCAUGACGAAGUACGACGCAGAGAUGCUACUUGCCCAGCAGAAACCUUACUGCACGAAUGUUGCUGCCCCGGUUGUGGCGCCGUUGGCACCGCUCGGCCGUCAGUUUGCAACGGAGCUGGCAGAUGACGGUGAGUCGCUGGCGGGUCAUGGGAGCAGCACCAGCGGCAGCAAGAAGGCGACAGAUGAGAAAAGUGCGUCACAGCUGAAGCGUGCCACCCGUUCGUCAACCUGCAGCAGUAUGAAACCUUCGACCGCUACUACCACUGCUGCUACUACCACCACCACCACCACCACUGCCACGAAAGAGGACGAGCACAGUCCGAAAGGGCAGGACAAAAAGCGGGACGACGAAACGUUCGAGGAAGGAAACGGGAGAACGGUGCAGCAUCACACGGGCGGGAAAACACCAGCCAGCAAAAGCGUUCAUUCGCGCCAGCGAAGGUACAGCAGCUACAGCAGUAUUGCCGAUUCGGAGCAGUUCAGCGAAACGUCGUCCACCGAGCGCAAAGCACCGGCGGCGGCGGCCAAAUCGGCCGCCCGUCACCACCAGCCACACGAAACCAAACGAAAGCGGAAGAAAGAUAGGGCGGAAGAGGAUGGUGGUGCUCGCCGGAGACGGGCAACGUCGGUCGUAGGGCCUGGCGGGAAGGUUCGCUCGCGGUCCAAAGAACAUCCGGAUGAGGUGAUCCUGAUCGACGACGACUGUAGCAAUAGCAGUGUGCCGUCCUUUGCCUCGGAUCUGCCGUACAGUCAACCGGUGCCGACGGCCGACGGCAAUCAGCAGCAGAAGCGCCGGGCGAGCAUGUACACUAGCAGUAGCCGAAGUAUCUACACGUUCCACGACGAUACACCGCCCGAGGCCGAUGCGUCGAAAGGUGGCGACGGUCAGCUGAAGCGCGCCACCCGUUCGUCGACUGGCGGCAGCAUAAAACCGUCAACCGGUGCGAAACCGGACGAGAAGAAACGGGACGAGCCGCAGGGUAGUAGAGCGGCACACGGCAAAGGUAGCAAUCCUGGUCGCCGGAGGUACAGCAGUUACAGUAUUGUCGAGUCGAGCGAACAGUUCGGUAAGGCUUCGUCCACCACGUCCGCCGGCCAGCACGAAACGCACCAGGCCCUCGAAACGAAGCGCAAAACGAGAAAAGAUUCCGCCGGCAGUGAUCCCCGGCGCCGGGCAGCGUCGGUUGCGCCCGGCGGUGGUAAGGUCGGCGCGAAGGAUUCGAGCGAAGAUGUGAUCGUGAUUGAUGAUGAUUGCAGCAAUAGCAGUGUGCAUUCGUUCAGCCUGGAACCGAUUGGCAGUCAGAAGCGCCGAGCCAGUAUGUACAGUAGUAGCAGUCGAAGUAUCUACACGUUUCACGAUGAUACGCCCGACGAUGGUACUGCGGGACCGACGGUGAAUGGGUACUACGCGCUUCGGAAUCCUUCGCAUGCGCCCCAGCAGGACACUCAUCAUCCCCACCACCAUCACCAUCAUCAUCCACAUUCGAACCCGUUUGCUGCAGGCAUUCCGGUGGACGAGUCAGCACAACCGUCCACCACCCGUAAGCAAUCGGUAAGCCGCAAACGGACCCGCGAACCAACACCGGACGAGCAGCUAGCUACGUCCGGUACGUCAUCGGCCAAACGUGUCGCAGAGAACGCCGCUACAUCGUCCCAGCAGCGCAUCAUGACACGCCGGAUGUCGUUGCGCGUGGCCCAUGCGUCUGGUGGCGAUGCUCACUCCACGCUGCCGUCGACGGGCGCUGAGACGGACGAAGUUAGCCCACGGUUAACGCGCGGCAUGCUACGGCUGCUGGUGGAAGAGCAUUUAGCGGAGUCGAACGGCAGGCAGCAGCAGCAGCAGAACCUCGCCAAACCAUUUCGUGCGUCGCGGCCGGGUGAGGAAGGUGUGUGUGAAGGUAGUGGGCAGGAGUGCGGCGACAAGUUCGGUAGACGCUGUUCGACCGUCACGACAACAACCACCGCAGAAGACGAGAAGCAACAGCAGCGUAAAGCGGCAAAAGCGUCGUCGAAUCGUGGCAGCGGCAGACGAAAAGCGAAGCUACAGACACGACCACACGAAGAGGAUGACGAGGAAGCGAAAGAUGUCGGGCAAAGGAAGGAUGUGAAAAUGUCACACGGUAGUGGUAGUACGACAGGUAGCAGUAGUAACGGUAGCACUACGCGCACCCGCAAGCAGCUAUCACCAACGAAACGAUCUCGCGGAAAGGAUUCGGUUGUAAAUGGGCGUGCUAGAAGGUACGGUUGGCACGGGCAACCGGCGGACGAAAACGAUGACGAGGGGGAAGAGGACGAGGAGGAGGAUGAGGAGGACGAGGAGGAGGAGGAGGGGGAGGGGGAGGAAGAGGAGGACGAUGUACUGUGGCAGCAUCCGGCGAACAGCAGCAAACCAACGAGCUCCUCGUCCUCAUCCUGUGCCGUCGCGCAGAAGCGUAGCAACGGUAGCUCUGCCCUGUCCAGCUAUUCUUCUUCCUCCUCCUCCUCCUCAUCGUCGUCGUCCUCCUCCUCCUCAUGCUCAUCUGCGUCGUCCAGUGCGCGAUGUAAAGGUGCCUCACUGCAGCAGCUAGCCGACCAGCAACGGUUAAAGCUCAAGCUGCGCAUGAAUCCGGCCUCGACGACAACGUUGACCGACGCCGAACGGUUACGGCGGCAGUGGCCACCAUCGAAAUGUGAUUCAAAUCGCAACUCCACAAGCAAUAACACUGCUGCACCGGAUCGUCGAGGAGGGUUGGCAGGGAAGCGUACUGCUGCUGCUGCUACCUCAUCACGCCGCAGGGAGCCGCACGAUGGGGAUGGGCAGUCUACCUCGGUUGGGAGCACCACACACCACGUGGGUGGCGGUGAGCCGCCAACCCCUAUGACGACCGUGUCGGACGACGAUGAGGAGGACGAUAUCAUACUGUCCAAGAUACGACAGUGUAGCAUGCAGCGGGAUGCGGCUGCCACCAGCACGAACAACACCAACAGUAUAAGCAGUAUGGCAAUCAGUUCCUCGACCCCGUCCCAGGCACCGGACAGUGGGUGCGCUGGUGGUGCGACCAGCUCCAAACUGUCUCCCUCCUCUUCUACGUUCUCCACCUCCUCCUCCAGCACGGUACCGGCGGAACCGUUGAUGAGGACACCGGAGCGUAGGUUAAAGCUGACGCUCCGCAUGAAGCGCAGUCCGGUGAUUGACGAGAUCAUUGAGUCGGGCAACAGUAUGAGCGAUGCGGACAACGGUGCCAGCCCGAGUGCGUUCCGGCGCGAGUACGAGAUCCUACGCAUGGAAGGUUUGCGCGAUCUAGACGAACAGGAGGAGGAGCAUGAGGAGGAGGAGGGGGGCCGCGAUCGCUCUUACCGGUCGGUGUGUCGCCGUGUGGCUAAUCUGAGCAGACGCUCCCUUACUUACGAUUCACCCGCCAGCAGCAGUAGCACGCAUUCGCUCAGUGACGGUACACUUCUUGCCAGAGCGAAAGCAACGGAUGAAGCUAGUGCGACGUACCGCCCGGAUGACGCGACCAAUGGCGAAAAGGACGAGGCGAUGGAGGACGACGACGAGGAGGAGGAGGAGGAAGAUUUAACGUCGUACAGCAGCAGCUGCAGCAGCUUGGUGUCGCAGAAGCGCAAAAAGCGCCACAAAGCAUCGAAGGAAGCCCGGCGACUGCGGAAGGAAGCCAAACGCGCACGACGCAUGAAGUACUACACGUGCGCCACUAACGAAGCUGCCCCUGUGGUGGAGGACGAUAAGGAGCUGGGUGAACAUACGGUGACACAACCGCAACCUCCACCACCACCUCCGCCACCACCUCCACCACCGCUAGCACCGGUAGCAAUCGUGUCGGCCACGACUACUACCACCACCGAUGCAGCCAGGUGUGCAAUAAUGGCCGAGGAUACACCAGAGACGUACCAGCAGCAGCAGCAGCAACAACGGACCCACUACCAUCAAAAUCAUUUCCCCCUUCCACACCAACAAGCACUACAGUCUGUGAUACUGCAGCCGACCGCACUGCGCGACGUACGCCCGGCAGAGGUAAGUGGCGGGACGGGAGGGCGGGACGAGUGGGGCGAGAUGCCCCACAUAAACCUGCGCUGGUCGCUAGCAAACCCGGCGAUGUACGGUGAUACGGUGAGCAGUGCGAGCGCUUCCGCGACAACGGUUACCUCGGCAACGGUCGGCGAGGGUGUUGGCAAUGGUGGUAUCGGACUGCCGAUGAAGCGACUUCGACUGAUUUUUGGCAAUGAAUCGCAUACGCGUGAACUUCCGGCACCGCCCGAAACGUCCGAUAGCGCUAACUCCACCACCGCUGCUACCAGCUCCGCAACGAACGGUGGUGUAAUCAUGUCACCGUCAAACAUCUCAUCGUCCUCCACUACGACCACGCUGGCUGGACCGGAAGUAGCGGCAGCAGCAGUAUCUCCCGCCAAUCUACCGAGCGCUAGCAACAGCGAGGGUGUGACGGUACUACGCAAUGGAGAACACACGACCAAUCCACCCAACGGUACCAACCGACCGAAUGUUAUCAUCAACAAUACGCCCGGCGUGAUUGUGGGACCGUCACGUACUACUGCAAUCACUGCGCCUGCUGAACACCGUUCGUCACCUUCAUCGAUGAUGGUGGACUGCACCAGCGGAAGCAUCAUUGGUGGGAAGGGAGUCAUCAACAGUGCUUGUGGGAUUAGCACCAACGUCAUACUGCAACGGCCACAGCAACACCCUCAGCAACUGUUAUCGACCGCACCCACCACUACCACUACUGCCGGAGGGAUGGAUGAUGGCGAUGUUGGGGGUGGUGGUGGUGGUGGUCUUGGUGGUAAUGGAUUGAUGCUGCGUGGUCACCAAUAUCUGCCUCCAUCUUCAACGAUUCCGACCGAUGUACCGUGCACGGCUGUCUACCCACCUGGAGUCACGAGUGUUGGAGGCGAUGUACAGCGGGCCAGCAGUACGAUCAGUGGUGGACUGCAAACAACUAGAUUUCUGCUCCUGUCAUUUCCACCAUCGCUUGAUGUUCAACCGUGUGCCGGCAAUGGAACCAGCUGGUAGCAUGAUGCGCCACACCGCCUGCAUCGUGACGUAACGGGUGGCGUUCUCGGCGAUGACUGAUAAUACAUGUUACUGCUGCUGCUGCUGCUGCUGCAGCAUGACGCUACCGGCUUGCUGCAAGCAACUGAAGCACAAACUUUAGACACACCAUCCUGUCGAGAUGUACCUUCCGGCAGGAUUCAUGAUGCGUCCGGCUGUGGGAUGGAAGCGGUGUCCUGCCAGCAGUGUUUCUUAAAUAUCUAUCUCCGUUUUUUUUCCGCGCCAGUGUAGCAGAAUUUGGAGGUCCGUCGUCACAGUCCGUGCGGCCAGAGUAUGGGCAGAACGCGAAGUCGGUUUGUGUGUCAUAGUAGUAGCAGCUGUUCCCGAACCAUUUGAGAUCGCCAGUUUGUGUUGAGGAGGGGAGGAGGGGGGGGGGGGGGAGUUUCCCAUCCUUGUUUAGCUUUCUUUCCUUUUUUUUCACGCAUAGCCCCAAUGCGCUUGAAGCUGCAAUUCAAGUCGCAACAGACAGUCGAAACGAGAUAGUCAGGCAGCUCAACCCCUCGAACGGAUGGUUUGAGCUUCCAUUCCGGUUUUACCCGUAGUCCGAUACCGGAUCCGGAUGGUUCAGAUUUGGCAUGUGCGAAGGAGAAACAUUUUAAACGCUUUUUAAUGUUAAAUUAAUGCUUACCUCUUUUGUCAUUUUAGCAUAAUUUAUUCUUUACUGUUAGCUACUCCUAUUCAGCUAGUCUGCAAAAUUGUGGCGAUUCAUCGUUCAACCUCUAUUUUUUGUUGUUGGUUGUGAUCGUCUUUCACUCUCUAUCUCACUCCCACACUAGUAAUUUCGUUUGGUUGAGAACACACAUACAGACACACCAGCCACAGGAAGUGUAGGGCACACAGUGUAGAGCAGAAAGGAGAGAGAGAGAAAGGAGAAGGGAAACUUCAUCCAAGCGAAGUGAGGGCGAGGAAAAAUUUUACCUGCAGGCUCUAUCUAUCUAGGUUAUAUUUGGUCUAGUCGACGAUCUCAAACAAAACCACACAGAAGCACAACCACCGCGAUGGGGGUUGUGCGUGUGCGUUUGCAUGUAGGGGGGGGGGGGGGGGGGGGAGGGGCGUUUUCAGCCGUCUGGACCUCUUUGCACUCCUUACCCCUCCUUCCUGCCCCACCAACUCCCUCUCCCCUUCCUGAUACCUGAAAUGGAAAUAGCUGAUGCGUGAAGGUCAGGUUUCCUGGAUGCGACGAUCAAGCUUGUGUGUGCGUGUGUCAGAGCUGUGUGUGGGGAUAUGCGCAACUGGAUCACUACGUGUAUAGAUAGCAUAAGUUUAGACUUAAAAUGUAAGGAGUUUUCUUUUAUAACAACCCCCCUUCCCAACCUUCCCCCCCAUACCCGUCCCUAUCAUCACCAUGAAGCAGGCAGCAGUGAAGUAGGCCGUGUGUACAGAAUUUUGUUUUAUUCUUCUCGAUCAGACACUGUUUUUUUUUGCUGAUGCGAGUUGGUAGUGAUUUCGAACAAAAAAGCAGAGAAAAAGCGUGAUCGUUUGUUUUUCUUCUUUGUAGUAGAAGAUUUUUGUUUUGUUUUAUCUUAUUCUCUGUUUUGUGACAUGUUUGUGACAUGUGUUUUUGUGGCCGCGAAUGAAGCGUUUUUAACACUGUUGUGACGUUAAUGGGGAGAACAACAGCACAAGAUACACACACACUGACAUGAAGAAAAUAUGUUUAGGCGGGUCGUGGGGACAGUGGCGCCUGUCCUCAGACCGGGGUUAAAAUCCCAUCCCAGACCGCUGUGAAUACCUUGCCGCGGGAAAAAUCAAGUCACAGAAAGCCAGAAAUUGCAGGCCGAGACCUUUCGAGGUUGUAGUGCCAAGGAAGAAAGAGCGAAGUGUGUGUGUGUUUAAUUGUAUCCUUACAGUAGGAUAAUACGAAUAUGUUAUUACUAUUUUAAUUACUUCAUGCUACACCAGAAGAGGGUGAAACUUAAAUAACUUAAUUGCAUUUUAGCCGUGUUUGAUUCUUGUGUCAAUUUUUUUUCUUGCCGAGCUAGUAUUAGUUUGUCACCUGCGUCUCACCUCAUUGUACUAGCUUACAAGUAUACAAAAUGGGAAAGUGAUACAAAAAUGGGUUCUACAGACACACACACACACUACCUUGAAAAUUGCACAGGAUAUUUCAAUAUUCUUUUCGGAAGUUACGCUAGGCGUGAUGGCCAUUAGCUACCAGGAGUGAUCCAGAAGCGAGAUUUGCAUCAGCUCAAUGCCCCACAGGAUCGUGGUGGCCUGGGCAGUGUGGUCCAGAAGCAACACAAACCUGUCACAGCCGCCAGGAUACUUUCGCACCCCAUCCCCCGACCUAAACACUGUGCAUUUAGACAUUUGAACGCACGCUGCAAUGGAAGAACACGCUCGAGCCCGCUACACUAUCCCCGAACGGCGCGAAAAACGGUUUACAAACAUGCGCUACUGGCGUUUCUGCUCCAGCUACAUUAGCGGAGAGCAUCAGAUUGUUCUUAUGAUUUAUUUAACGCCGUAAGCUUACACCUAGCUCCGUACGUACACGUAUGCAACACGCGCAUCUCCAGCGAGGAAGAGAUGAGACCGUGUUGGGGCUUUUUUUUUUGGUUUUUCGAUCCGCGCGAACCUAAACCACUAGCUGUAAAAAGGACCAUGUACGUGUAUGUUUGUUUGUUUUUUUAUAUAUUAUGUUUUUAAUCUAAAGUAAACCUGGAGCGUACCGAGGUAAGCCGCUAGCAGUAAGAAUCCCACAUGAGGAUAGGUCAGCUCACAGAACGCACACAUGUGUGGGCAAGGUUUUUCGAUGAUCUGGAUGAAAGGGUCUCCCACCUGUAAUACCUCCUCCUCCGUCACUUACCCCCCUCUGCCUCUACUAUCCCAGAUUCAUCGUCCCUCAUCUGUAUGUAUUCGGGAGGAUUAGCGCUCCCCAAUGUCUCAUCGUAAUGUGUCGCGAAUAGGAGGUUUAAUUUUCUUCGGGGGGUCUCUCUGCAAAAAAAAAAAACGGCGCAGAGAACAAUAGGUACGAAACGGGCCAUGCGGAACGGUAAGCGCCGGAAGCAACACUAGCAGAACGCGACAUUUAAUAUUGCUGUGUACGAUAACGGAUGUGUAAUGUUUAGAUUGUAACAAGCUCGUAGACUGACACGGAGUCGGAUGAAUAAAACGGUCUCAUCACGUACUGCCAAUUUCUGAACCACUGUUUCUCUUCCUCUGGUCACCCGGCCCGGGUCUCUCUCUUUCUCUCUCUCUCUCGCUGUACCCUCGGUUUCUAAUUUCUUUCCCCCUUUCCUUCGCUCCCCUUCUUGCCCCUUUUUUCAACACCGUGAGAUACGUUACUGCUCCAAGUCACCAACGCGGCGGUUAGGCUUAAGGAACAACACCCUUGUAGUGUAUGUAUUCGCGGGAAGAUUUUUUUGAAAGUGUGUCGAACAAAACCCAACAGCCAUGGCAGAUUGAUCGAUGUUUAAGUUUUAGAGAGCGCAACAACUUCUCACUGUACUGCGACGGAGUAGUAGUAGUAGCGAGGCAGUCGCGCCCAACUCUGUGUGUGAUGGGGGCGAUGUGAGCGGAUGAGGUUUGGAGAUUGUACUGAUAUAGAAUCGUUUUGUCCAGAUAUGAUUUACGAAAGGAGGCAUAUUGCCAAACCCACGUAGUAUUGAUGGUGUAGAUGAGGUAUAUAUAUAUAUAUAGGUAGAUGAGCGGUAGCCCGGUCGUGACCUAGCGAAGGGAUAGGGUUAAGCUUACUCGAAGAAAAAAAGAAAGCAAAUUUCCUCAAGGUAUUUCCACUUAGUAAUGGUAACUAUUAUUCAAAAAAGAAAAAAAAAAACGAAUGGAAAACAACUAAAAGCUGCCACCGGUUGUUUCUCAGCUCCAUGUUCCAAGGUUGUCCAAUCGAAGGUGUUUCAGACCACAGACAGAUGUUUCGUUUUUAUUUUAAGUUUAACUCUAAUAUGUACACUCUCUCACUCUCUACCAAUAUUUGGAGCUCGUCUAGCCCGUCAGCAGCAGUGGCCGGUGCGCUGGAUGGCUGCGACCUAAUAGUGUAAGAGCGUCGCACUAGGGAGAGGUUAGGUCUAACGGGGAUGAACUAAACGAUAGUAGAUAUAAGGCCGAAGGAUAUGCUGGGUCGAAAAGGCAGUACUACUAGAGAAAGAGAGAUAGAUAGAGAGAGAGAGAGAGAUAGAGAGAGAGAGAUAGAGAGAGAGAGAGAGAGAGAGAGAGAUAUGCCAAAACCAAUCGGCUCAGAAAACGCUGGCCAAUGAAGGUGAAUAUGGAGCAGGGAUAAAGGAAUAAAUUACUAAAAAAAAAAAACAAGAUGAAGACCGAAAGGUGAUUGUGAUAGUCAAAAUGGUCGUACGGUACGGGAAAAUGGUGGGCGGCACCUCUGUGACUAGCUUAGGGGGUGUGUGUGUGUGUGCGCGCGAGUGCGGUGGUUUUUGGGAGAGAUUGUGAAGACGUUGUGAAUACUACUGCGACUAAUUUGAAUGUAAUGAUUAUGAAAUAUAGUUUAGCAUCUAACUUGAAAUACAUUAAAAAAA